CAAAACCUGAAAGUUUGUGAGUUUGCAAUCAUGGAGAAACCUUGCUUUCACAUUGUUGUGAUCAUAUUACUCAAUUGUUUUUCAGUUUGCUGUUUUGGCCAAGCACAUCUCAAUUUAACCUCAGAUGAAGAAGCCCUUCUCGCCUUCAAAUCAAGAAUCACUUCUGAUCCUUUGAACAUAUUGGCAAGCAACUGGUCCAUCACCAGCCCGUCUUCCGUUUGUAGCUGGAUUGGUGUUUCUUGUGGUGUCAAAGAGAGAAUCGUAGCGUUGAACCUGUCUCAUUUGAGCCUUGGAGGCACCAUCCAUCCACAUCUUGGAAACUUGACGUUUCUUACCUCUCUGGACCUUAGCCUCAACAGGUUCACGGGGCACGUGCCUGAUGAAUUGGCUCGUUUGCGUAGAUUAAAAGGCAUAAACCUGGGAUUCAACAAUUUCACAGGCGAUGUGCCCUCGUGCCUUGGUUCCAUGACAAAACUCGAGAACGUUUUUCUGAGAAACAAUAGUUUUACGGGUGCUAUACCGAAUCUGUUAAACCUUUCAAAGCUGGUGACAUUGGUGUUGUCAUACAAUUCUAUCCAUGGAAAUAUUCCGAAAGAGAUAGGUAAUAUUUCCAACCUGGAAUCCUUGGACUUGAAGUAUAACAAGUUGACAGGAUCAAUACCAUCUUCCAUCUUCAAUCUUUCGUACCUGGAAAAAUUUGAUCUCACAAAUAAUAGCCUGUCAGGCCCGAUUCCAAUGGACAUGUGUGAUAAUCUUCCUAGGCUCAGAGGAGUCUCUUUCUCCUUGAAUCAACUUUCUGGACCGAUCCCAUCAAGCAUAUCCAAGUGCAGGGCUCUCCAGCAAUUAUCGCUGUCGUUUAAUCAAUUCAGUGGUAGCAUACCAAAAGGGAUUGGCGAGCUGACGAUGCUGAAGAACUUAUACUUAGGGGCAAACAACUUUCAAGGAGCUAUUCCACAGGAGAUAGGUAAUCUCUCCAACUUAGAGAUAUUCAGCAUGAGGAGAAGCUCAUUGACAGGGAAACUUCCUUCAUUUGUCUUCAACAUAUCGUCUCUCAAACAGAUUGAUCUUUCAUACAAUCGCCUGUCAGGAAGCCUUCCACCGGACAUUCAUCACAAUCUCCCGAAUCUUGAGCAGCUUUUUCUUCAAUCAAAUCAACUUACUGGCCAAAUCUUCUCUAGCUUACUUGACUGCAAGAAGCUUUGGCUUCUGCAAUUGAACGACAAUCAGUUCACCAGUACCAUACCAAAACAAGUUGGGAACAUGACUCAGCUCAAAAUUCUAUAUUUAGUGAAAAACAACAUGACAGGUGAAAUACCCUCUGAGCUUGGUAAUCUUAACCUUGAGAGACUUGCAGUGGAUGCUAAUAAAUUCUUUGGCUCCGUCCCUUAUUCCAUUUUCAAUAUCUCAAUGCUGAUUGAGUUGGGACUUGGUUUCAACCGUUUUACUGGCCAACUUCCAGCAAACAUGGGCUAUUCACUUCCCAAUCUUGAGUUUCUGUAUCUAACUGAGAACAGCUUCAGUGGACCUAUACCACGUUCAAUCAGCAACGCUUCUAAAUUGUCUGUCAUAGACAUGGGCAGCAACUCAUUUACAGGCCCUCUACCAGAUUUCAGCAAUCUAAGGCUUGUUCAGCGGCUCAUUAUCCCUGGAAACAAUUUAACAGGGGAAGCUCCUGAUCAGGAAUUGAGAUUUUUCUCUUCAUUACAGAAUUGCCGAAAUUUGCAAAUGUUGGAACUAUCAUCAAACCAAUUAAAUGGUAUCCUUCCACGUUCAGUUGGGAAUUUGUCCACUUCGAUUCAGAUGUUCAGAGCAAUCGGAUGCAAAAUCAAGGGCUCUAUACCUGCUGAGAUUGGAAAUUUGAGCAGCCUGAAGUCUUUAUAUUUAGAUCACAAUGAGUUAACAGGUUCCAUCCCUCGAGAACUAGGGAAGCUAAAGCAGGUUGAACUUGUGACUCUGGAUCAUAACAGAUUGGAAGGGCAAAUCCCGACCGGUCUUUGCCAAAUAAGUAGAUUGGGAGAAUUGUACUUGAGUGGUAACGUGCUCAACGGUACAAUUCCUGCAUGCUUGGGUGAGCUAAAAUCCCUCAGAAGAAUCUUGUUAGACUCUAAUAGAUUGACUUCCUCAGUGCCAAACUUAUGGAACCUUACUGAUGUUUGGGCUCUGAACUUGUCCACUAAUUUGUUAAGUGGGCAGAUACCAUCAGACAUUGAAAACUUGAAGGCCCUUAUAUAUCUUGACUUGUCCCGAAAUAGAUUUUCAGGUGACAUUCCAAGCUCUAUUGGCAGCAUAGAUUCAUUGGUCACUCUAUCUUUUGCUCACAAUAACCUUCAAGGAACCAUUCCUCAGUCUCUGGGAGGCUUAAGAGGCCUGGAAUCUUUGGACCUUUCUAAUAAUAAUCUCUCGGGGUCGAUCCCAAGGUCAUUGGAAGCACUCACCAGUCUCCAAUAUUUUGAUGUGUCCCAUAACGGACUAGCAGGAGAAGUUCCAAGUGGAGGCCGUUUCGCAAACUUUACAGCAGGAUCCUUCAAACAGAACAAUGCACUUUGUGGUCCAGCUCGAUUCCAAGUGCCGCAAUGCAAGGUCCCAACUGUUAAAAGAUCUAGCUCAAAACACAUUUCUUUGAUCAAAUACAUCGCGGCACCCAUCAUAUUAGCUAUAUCUGCAGUGGCUGUUACUCUCUGGUUGUUACGAAUGCGAAAGUUGAGCACAAAACAACUCCAUGUUGAGAUUUCACCACCUCUAGCCUGGAGAAGGGUUUCUUAUCAAGAACUUCAGCGAGCAACAGAAGACUUCAGUGCAAUCAACUCACUUGGGAGUGGAAGCUUUGGUUCAGUAUUUAAAGGGACCCUCUCUGAUGGCUUAGAUGUGGCUGUCAAAGUCUUUAACAUACGGUUAGAACGUGCAGUCAAGAGCUUUGACAUUGAGUGUGAGAUACUAAGCACCGUUCGUCACAGGAAUCUGGUUGGAGUCAUCAGCUGUUGCAGCAACACAGAUUUCAAAGCAUUAGUCCUCGAACAUAUGCCUAAUGGGAGCCUGGAGAAAUGGUUAUAUUCCCACGACUACUGUUUGGAUUUGCUGCAAAGAUUAAACAUAGCACUGGAUGUUGCGGUAGCUCUAGAGUAUCUGCAUCAUAGCAAUGCAUUCCCCAUUGUUCACAGCGACCUAAAACCCAGCAACGUGCUGCUCGAUGCAGAUAUGACUGCACAUGUAGGCGAUUUUGGAAUUGCCAAACUCUUUGGAGAAGGAGAGAAUUUGAUUCAGACCAUCACCUUGGCAACGAUUGGCUACAUGGCACCAGAAUAUGGAUCAGAAGGGAGAGUGUCGACAAGUGGAGACGUUUAUAGCUACGGUAUAGUGCUGCUGGAGAUGUUUACAAGGAAGAAGCCAACAGACGAUAUGUUCACUGAGGAACUGAGCUUGAAGCAUUGGGUGGGAAGAGGAUUACAAGAAAAUGCAGUGACUGAAGUUGUGGCCCCUGGUUUGCUAGCAAGACAAGAUCAGUAUUUCUCUGCAAAGGAGCAAUGUGUUCUGUCUAUUUUCAGGCUGGCAAUGGAGUGUUUAGCUAUAUCACCUGAGGAGAGAAUCAACAUGAUAGAAAUGGUGGCGGCUCUAAAAAAGAUCAGAGCCACAUUGAUAGCAAGCUCCAGAAGGCUCCAACAAUAAUAGGCUUCCGUGUUGUGUCCCAGGGGACAACUUAACGGUUCG